AUGGUGUUUUAUGCGUUUGUUUUGGUGAUGAAGCCGCGCCAGCGUCGCUUCACUUCCCAGGCGCUGCGCGAGAUUGCCGUGGCGAUAUACAACAACGGUGGCCUUAUCCGCAAACUCUCAAAUGAGGGGGUUAUGCGCCCGUACAGUCGAUUUCGUGACGCCGAUAACACCCCGCUGACGUAUGCGCGGUAUGUCACGUUGCAGGUGGACAUGGGGGAGGAGCAGAUGCGGAAGGUGGAGAAGAUUAUGAAGGAGCAUCAGGAUGUGUUCAUCACGCUUAACCUCAACAACCUGGAGCGGCCGGUGGGAAUACGUCGGGGCCGAAAGGACCUCCAGUCCGCGUACUUCCCGCUGGACACCUUUACACGGCUUGAGGAAGAAAUCAACUGGCCACCGCAAACUUCGGCCGACAUUUACAAGCAGCUGGAGAUGAACUGGAAGGAGUUCUCACGCACGCGGUGGUCGAAUUUUUUGCGCAACUAA